UAUAAAUAGCAUUUGUUCAAAAGCGAUAGUUUGGGUUCUCUCUCUGUUGCUAAGGAACUAGGGUUUUACAGAACCUGUCUUUUCGCUUCAAUCUUCGUCGAUCAAAUAUGAGUCGUCAUCCUGAGGUGAAGUGGGCUCAGAGAGUUGACAAGGUCUAUAUCACGGUGCAAUUGCCGGAUUCCAAAAAUGCGAAAGUGGAUCUUACUCCGGAUGGUAAAUUUACCUUUUCUGGCAGUGCUGGCACUGAAGACCGUCAGUAUGAGCUACAGCUGGAGCUCUUUGACAAGGUUAACGUAGAGGAGAGCAAAAUUAAUGUAGGAGUGCGAAGCAUAUUCUGUGUAGUGCAGAAAGCAGAGAAUGGAUGGUGGAAAAGGUUACUGCGUGCAGAAGGCAAGCCUCCACAUUAUGUGAAAGUUGAUUGGGAUAAAUGGGUUGAUGAGGAUGAAGAUGAUGGUGGUGAUCUGGACUUAGGAGGGAUGGAUUUCUCGAAAUUUGGGGGGAUGGGUGAUGAUGCAAUGGGAGGAAUGGAUUUCUCUAAAUUUGGUGGGAUGGGUGAUGAUGCAAUGGAUGACAUUGACGAGAGUGAUGAUGAAGAGCAAGAAGUGUCGAAGCCUGCAGAACAAAAUGCUGGCGAAAGUGCUGGUGAAGCAUCGACAGGGAAGAAAGAUGCUGCUGAAGCAUUGACAGAGAAAAAAGAAGCAGUUCCAAGCACAUGAUGCCCUUGCUGUUGAGGAUGCUACCCUGAAGAUGCUUAUGAAAAUUCUCGAGUGAGGUUUUCAUUAUCUGUAUCAUUGAUCGGUAGUUGUUUGAGUCAUUUAUGUGUCUCUUCUGUGUUGGCUAAACAUUUAGCACGUAUUAUUUAUCCAAAAAGGCCCCCUCCCUCUAGUUGGAUUAGGAUAUUAUAUAAUUGAGAUUUUUAUUUUCGUGCAUGAAUGGCGGUAUCUGGAUUUCUACAUUUUUAUGUUCCAUGUUUUUGAGCAUGUUUGGAUUGUUGAUUAGGCAGUCUCUGCAGCUGGUGAAGUGAAACCUCGAAAUUGCUAUGAAUUUAU